UUAUGGUGCUUCCAGAAGUGUUUCCUUACUUUCUAAGCCGAGCAUAGUCGCUUUCGUAGUGUCAACAAACGUGGCCUCACCAAGUACACACAGGCAGGGAAAGACACGCUUCUCUCGCUCUCUUUCUGAAAGUUCUUAAGAGAGUAGCAGAGAGGGGAUGGUGGAGUCGGAACGAAGCCAAAAUCCGUGGAUGAACACGAGGGACGGGCACGAUUCGGCGGUGGUGAUGGAAACGACGGUGGACAGAGAAGGGCUGAGAUUCGGUGCUCCGCAGGCCCAGCCUUCAAGCAACAGUAGUUCGGAUGGGGAUUUGGGGGUCACUGAGCGAGCUCUAUCCGCCGCCGGCGCCGCCUUUCUGUCCGCUAUAAUCGUUAAUCCUCUUGACGUUGUCAAGACAAGAUUGCAGGCGCAGGCUGCAGGGGUUGCUUACUCUCAUCCGCUAAGUAAUCUCAUUAGUCGCAUGUCAUAUUUCGGACCAAGAACGAUGUUUGCCGAUCUAAGAUGUUCUCCGUCUUGCGCACGUGCUGGAAUCCAUGGUACCGUGUCCAUAUGUCCUCCUGAUUGUUUUCAAUACAAAGGAACACUAGACGUCUUCUACAAAAUUAUUCGUCAGGAAGGAUUUGCCAGGCUAUGGAGAGGCACAAAUGCAGGUCUGGCACUUGCUGUACCAACAGUGGGAAUCUACCUGCCUUGCUAUGACAUAUUCCGCAAUCGGUUAGAGGAAGUUACUGGACAGCAUGUUCCAAGUGCGACUCCAUAUGCCCCCUUAGUUGCAGGCUCAUUGGCACGCUCUUUAGCUUGUGCAACUUGUUACCCUAUUGAACUGGCUAGAACUCGCAUGCAGGCAUUUAAUGUGACCCAAACUGGUAUGAAGCCUCAUGGAGUCUGGAAGACUCUUCUUGGGAUCAUCUCACAUGUCCAGAGCACUAGUGUUCAAAGCAACUCAGUUCAAGGCUACCGUGUCCUUUGGACUGGCAUGGGAGCUCAGCUUGCUCGAGAUGUUCCCUUCUCUGCAAUCUGUUGGUCAACUCUUGAACCAAUUAGGAGAAAACUCCUUGGUCUGGUGGGAGAUGAAGCUGAUGCAUUGAGUAUCCUUGGGGCAAAUUUUUCUGCUGGUUUUGUUGCAGGAAGUCUUGCUGCUGGUGCUACAUGUCCUCUAGAUGUUGCGAAAACUCGAAGACAGAUUGAGAAUGAUCCAGUCAGGCAAUUAAGAAUGACAACAAGGCAAACGCUUUGGGAGAUUUGGAGAGAUGGAGGGAUAAAGGGACUUUUUACUGGAGUUGGUCCCCGUGUUGGGCGUGCAGGCCCAUCAGUUGGGAUUGUGAUUUCAUGUUAUGAAGUUGUGAAAUAUGUUCUACAUCACCAUUAUGCAACUUCAUGACAUAGGCGGGAGCUGCUUUUUAUCCAGUUUUGACUUCUUCAAGGCUGGAAGCAAUUUUGGUGACUUGGCGAGAGAGAGGCCACUUGAUCUGAAAGCAUACAAGUUUUUGUUCUGUGGAUAUCAUAGCAUGCAAAUAGUAUUUAUGCAGUCUUGAUACCUGUCCAUAGUUGAUACCCCAGUUUUGGUUCUUAGGUUGUAAUUCGUUGCUCGGUUUGAGCAGAAAUUUUGUGACAUUUUGGGUUUACUCCCUAAUCAAUUUUGUUUAAUUUUUUUUUUUCCUGAGAUUGAUCUCAGUUUGAUCAUUGAUGAUAUUCUGUCUUACUAUUUGUUGGGAAAUUAACUUUUAGUGAAUUUUUGGUCUUUGCCCGGCCAAAAUAAGAGGCGUUGGGGGACCAUAUUUGCUUCAUUCAUAACAAUAUAUUAUAUGCAUCUCAGUGCACACAGAUUGGUUGAA